UCUCUGUCCAUCGACUCUAUGUUUCACCCGCGAAAGUGAAGCUAGCGUAAGAUCUGGAAAGCAUUACAGAGAGGAGAGUGAAACGGAGGCGACGAUUUCCUUCAAUCCAAAGCUAUCUCAAGCUUCUUCAAUCUCACCGCAUCACCGAUUACUAUUUGAUUAUGGCGAUUACAAUCGAGCGUUUUUGUGCCUGGAAAAAGAUGAAUGAUUCACUGGUGACUACUAUUUAAGUAAAUGUGGGGGUUGGAUGGACAAGAACAAGAAUCGUCCCGAACUGCUUGCGGCAGGCAGGAAGAAGCUCCAGCAAUUCCGCAAGAAGAAGGAUUAUAAAGGCAGAGGUAGCCAAGGAAGUUCAUCAAAACAUACAAGUAAAUUGGAACAGCAUGAUGCAGAUGCAGACACUGCCACUACUGAAGUACUUGCAUCUGGGAGUCAUUCCACUGAUGGAGUACUUGCAUCUGCCGUUGAUUGCAGUCCAGAUACUGUAGAUUCUUCAGCAUCUCCUUCUACAGAACUUUCUUUGGCAGCUGAGGUCGAUCAUUCUACUGUUUCUGUUAAGCAAGAGAUGGAUUUAGCCGAAACAUCAGAAAUUGACCAGGCAGAGGUUCCAAUGCAGGAAGUAGGGUAUAGGGAGGACUAUGAUCACCCAAUCCAAAAUGUGGAGUCUGCUGGAGUUAGAUCCUCCGAACCUUCACUUGCUCCUGCUGCUGAAGAGAAUAAUGAUGACAUUUAUAAUUUGUCUUCCUCUGAAUCUUCUUCCCAAAUUUCUUCUGCUUCCGUGGAGCAACAGCAAAGAAUAGUUGAAGUAUGGGGGGGAUGCAGGGGAGAAGAGCUAUUGCUUCCGUCGUCUGCAUCUUUGUCACAAGCAAGGGAAGAUGUAGGCAUGAAAGGGGAUGGUUUGAUGCAAUCUGGUCAACUCUGUGGAACAGAGCUUGCAGAAGACAAGCAGGUAGAGACUGGUGGCAUGAAUGAGUCCGCAGCAGAGACUACUUUUAAAGACACGUGCUGCGAUGGGGACAAGAUUAUUACAGCAGAUGUGGCAUCUGUAUCUGGUGCCGCAACCGAGUCAAACAGUUAUUCAAUUUCUAGUCCGGGAGAAAAACUAGGUAUGCAGAAUAGUUCUAGUAGUGGUAGAAAUGACUGGAAAGAAGUUAGACAGGUUCAUGCAGAAGAUAUGAUACAUUCAAGUAGGUCUCAAGUGCAAUAUAUGCCAGAAGAUAAUUUUGUAGAUAAGUCCGAAAGCCAUGAAAGUCCUUCACAAACAAGUGUGAAAAUUUCUGAUGGGGGAGAUGUAGAUACUCUCUCUCAUAAUUCACAUAUGACCACAACUUAUGCACAUUCCACCUUUUCUUCAUUUGGACAAAAUAGGAAGUUUCUUGAUUUACUGGAGAGAGUGAAAGAAGAGUUGAUAGUAACAAGUUUCUCGAAAGAUAUCUUCGACUUUCAAAUUUCUGAACAGAAUGAACUACAAAUGAAGCUUGAUGAAGUUCUUGUGAGGAAUCAUACCCUUGUGGAUGAGCUUUCACAUUGCAGAUCUGAACUUAAGGAUGUUUCAGUUGCAAAUGAGGAGCUCAGAAAUCAACUGCUAGCUGCAGAGGCUGAGAUACAAAAGCUUUCUUCUAGAGCUAGUGAGACAGAGAAUAGCUUUGAAAAGUUCAUUGGAGAUAUGUUCAGAUUGGAAAAGGAGUUGGAUGACUGCAAGCAUUUGGUAUCAGUGUUAGAAGAGGAGAAUGAAAGAUUAAAUGGUAUUAUCACCUUUGAGAACGAAAAUAAAAAGAAACUAGCCGAGGAGAAGGAGUUGUAUAUCGGUGAGAAUGAAAAGAUAUUAUCAGAAUUGAGUAGCUUCAAGAGUUUGAAGGCGGCUCUGGAGGUUGAAAAUUCUGAGUUAAUGGGGAGUUUGUCUUCAAUAGCGGAGGAAAAAAUAAAGCAUGAGGAAGAAAGAGAACACCUGUUUCAGGUGAAUGGGACAUUAUCAGUUGAACUUGCCAAUUGUAAAAGCUUGGUAGCUACCCAACAAGAAGAAAUUACCAACUUAAUCAAUAACCUUGCAGUGUUAACCGAGGAUAAGGUGAGGCUUGAAGAAGAUAAGAACCUUUUGUUACAUGAGAAUGAGAAAAUGAGAUCUGAGCUGCUUGUUCUUGAUCAGAGAUUGUCAACUGAACAUGAGGAACGCGUAAGGUUUGAGGAUGACCUUAAAGAUGCAGUAGUGCAGGUUAAACAACUCACCGAGGACAAUGGAUUUCUCAGCAGCAGUCUUGAUAUACAUAAAUUGAAAGUUGAAGAACUUUGUGGUGAAAUAUUGUCUCUAAAAACGAGAUGUGGAGAAGAUGAGGAUCAGUCUGGAAAUGCAGACUCUGGCUUGCAUCAUGAAAAUAAGUCCCAAGAAAAUGAUUCUUACCAAACUACUUUCAAGAAAAAUUUGCAUGAAACUUCUGUUCUUGCUGUUGGGAAACCCUUCAUAGUGACUGAACAGGAAAAUUUUGAUGAUUCUCUUGGGUUUGUAAUCUUGGGUCGACACUUAGAGGAAGCAGAUGUUAUAUUACAGAAACUUGAGAAGGAAAUCAAAGCGUUGCAGUCCAAUUCUGCCUCCUUUAGCAGGUCAGGUAGAAAAAUGGAUGCUCCUGCUGUUUCAAAACUGAUUCAAGCCUUUGAGUCGAAGGUAAAUGUUGAAGAAAAUGAGGUGGAGGAUGAAAUUCAGUUACCAGAUCCAUAUAAGUUAUCAAAUGAAUUUGUGGACAAUUUGAGAGCAUUGCUUCGUCAAGUGGUUAUUGAUGCUGAAAAUGCUAGUGUGUUGCUCAAGGGAGAGCGUGAUCAUCGAAAGGUUGCUAUAUCAACAUUGAGUGAACUCACGGAUCAGUUUGAGGCUUUGAAGAACCAUAGUAAUGGUUUGGUGAUAGCCAACAUUGAGCAUGGGGUUUUAUUUGAAUGCUUAAAACAUCACGUGGAUGAUGCUGAUGGCAAGAUCUAUGAACUUGAAAUUUUUAAUGAGUCUUUAAGGCAACAAGGUGUGCACCACAAGAAUUCUAAUUGUGAGCUUGCUGAAAGGUUAUGUGGAUAUGAAUUAAAACUUAAUGAGUUGGAGUGUCAAUUAUGUGAUCUUCAUCAAAGCUCAAAUCAGAUGGUUUCUUUGAUAUGUAAUCAGUUAGACAAUUUGCAGGAUGGAGCAAUUAAAAGGGCAAUUAUACUUGAGAAGGACUGGCACUCUUUUUUAUUGGAGCUUGCUGAAACAAUUGCUAAGCUUGAUGAAUCAUUAGGGAAAUCUGAUACUUCAGCCAUCAAAUUUUGCACUAAUGACCAAUUGCCUAGCUGCCUUGCUUCCUCUGUUACAGAUGCUGUCAAAAUGAUUCAUGACCUGAGAGAGAGACUUCAAGCUACUGCUGCUGACGGUGAAGCAUUUAGGAUGUUAUAUGAAGAAGUAAAUGAAAAAUAUGAUAAUUUGUUUAGAAGGACCGAAUGCUCUGUUGAUUUGCUGCAUAAGAUAUUUGGUGAGUUGCAAAAACUUUAUCUUGCUUCUUGUGAAUCAGUCGGUGGAAGUGACAUGAACAUGCAAAUCAAGAUGCUGGGUGAUCCCUUAGAUUACAGCAGCUUUGAGGCGUUAAUCAAGCCACUGGAGGACUGUAUUACUCAGCGACUGCAGCUUGAGUCUGUAAACAAUAAACUUCGCUUAGAUUUGGAACAUAAGACUGUGGAAUUUGUUGACUUUAGCAAGAGAUGCCUUAAUUCUACUGGCAUUGAAAAAUUGAUCAAAGAUGUCCAAAGUGUGUUAUUACCGGAAGAUACUGAGGGGGAUUGUGGUCAAAUGCCUGCUUUAUAUUUGGAAUAUAUCAUAUCAUUCCUUAUACAGAAAUACAAGGAUACUGAGUUGCGAUUAGGCUUAUCUAGAGAAGAGUAUGGAUCUGCGAUGAUGAAAUUGACCGAAUUGCAGGGAAGUGUGCAUGACUUAAGCACCCUGAUUCUUGAUCAUGAAGGUGAAAUUGUUAUUCUAAAAGAAAGCUUAAGCCAGGCACAGGAAGCUUUAAUGGCUUCGCGAUCCGAAUUGAAGGAUAAACUUAACGAAUUAGAACAAUCAGAGCAGCGUGUGUCUGCAAUCAGAGAGAAGCUAAGCAUAGCUGUCACCAAGGGAAAAGGUUUGAUUGUACAACGGGAUAGUCUCAAGCAGUCACUAGCACAGACUUCUAGUGAACUGGAGAGGUGCUUGCAGGAGUUACAGAUGAAAGACAAUAGACUUCUUGAGACUGAAACAAAACUUAAAACCUAUUCAGAGGCAGGAGAGCGUGUUGAAGCACUGGAAUCUGAGCUUUCGUACAUUCGAAAUUCUGCUACUGCUCUAAGAGAAUCAUUCCUUCUUAAAGAUUCAGUCCUUCAGGGGAUAGAUGAGAUUCUCGAUGCUCUAGAUUUGCCCGAGAAUUUUCAUUCAAGAGACAUAAUCGAGAAGGUUGAUUGGUUAGCCAAGUCAAGUACUGGCAAGAAUUUGCCUCAAACAGAUGGGGAUCAGAGGAGUUCGGUCACAGGAGGUUCAGGUUCUGAUGCUAAUUUUGUCACUACAGAUGGCUGGAAAGAUGAAAUGCAGACGGAUGCAAAUGUUGGAGAUGAUUUGAGAAGAAAAUAUGAGGAGCUUCAAACAAAGUUUUAUGGGUUAGCUGAACAAAAUGAAAUGCUUGAACAGUCAUUGAUGGAAAGGAAUAACUUAGUGCAACGAUGGGAAGAACUUCUAGAAAAGAUUGAUACUCCUUCACACUUGCGGUCCAUAGAGCCAGAAGAUAAAAUUGAAUGGUUACAUAGAUCCCUUACAGAGGCUUGUCAUGAUAGGGAUUCUCUCCAUCAAAGGGUCAAUAACUUGGAGAACCAUUGUGGAUUGUUAACUGCAGAUCUGGAUGAUUCACGGAAGAAAAUUUCUGACAUUGAGGCCGAGCUCCACUCAGUCAUGCUUGAGAGAGAGAAACUUUCUGAGAAGUUGGAAAUAGUCUAUGAUCAUAAUGAGCAUCUAUCAUUCGGAACUUUUGAGAAUGAAGUUGAGAUUAUAAUUUUACAAAAUGAAUUAAGCAAUAUGCAGGAUAAAAUAAUUUCUACUGAGCAUAAAAUAGUAAAAUUGGAGGCUUUGGUAAGUAAUGCUUUGCGAGACAUGGACAUGAAUGAUUUGGUUUCUGGUAGCAGUAUUGAAUUUCUUGAAUUGAUGGUGAUGAAGCUAGUUCAAAAUUAUACAGCAUCUUCUUUAGGGAACGUUGAGCUUGGGAGGGCUACCAAUGGACCUGAUGCUGAAGAAAUCGUUGCUAGAAGCAUAGAUACACAAGUUGGUUGGCAAAAUGAGAUAAAUGAUCACAAGAAAGAGCUGGAGGAUGCAGUGCAUCAAUUAAUGGUUGUGACAAAGGAGAGGGAUCAAUAUAUGGAGAUGCAUGAGUCUUUAGUUGUUAAGGUUGAAAGUUUAGAUAGAAAGAAGGAUGAGUUGCAGGAACUGCUUCAUCUGGAAGAGCAGAAGUCAACGUCUAUAAGAGAGAAGCUAAAUGUUGCUGUUCGAAAGGGGAAGUCUUUGGUUCAACAACGAGAUAGUCUAAAACAAGCCAUCGAAGAGAUGACCACUGAGUUGGACCAUCUGAGAUCUAAGAUGAAGUCCCAGGAAAAUACUCUUGCUAGUUAUGAGCAGAAAUUUAAGAAUUUCUCUGUUUAUUCAGGACGGGUGGAGGCAUUGGAAUCAGAGAAUCUGUCUCUGAGGAAUCAGUUGACCGAAACAGAGGGCAGUUUGCUGGAAAAAGAACAUAUAUUGAGUUCAAUUACCAACACUUUAGUUCACAUUGAAGUUAAUGUUGAUGUUAACGAAAAUGAUCCUAUUGAGAAACUGAAACAAGUUGGAAAACUAUGCUCUGAUCUGCGUGAAGCCGUGGUUUUUUCUGAACAAGAGUCGAUUAAAUCGAGAAGAGCAGCCGAGUUGCUUCUUGCAGAACUAAAUGAAGUCCAGGAAAGAAACGAUACUUUCCAGGAAGAGCUAGAGAAAGCUUCCAAUGAGAUUGCUGUACUGACCAAGGAAAGAGACUUAGCAGAGACUUCCAAGCUUGAAGCUCUCUCAGAACUUGAAAAUUUAUCUAAUGUACACUUAAAGGAAAAAAAGAACCAAAUUUCUCAAUUUAUGGGAUUAAAAUCUAAUCUUGAACGUCAAAAGGAGGUCUUGCGUGAGAUUAAUUACUUACUUGCCGAUUCUUUGUCCAAGGAUUUGGAUGCUUUUCAUAAUCUGGAAGCUGCUAUUGUGUCGUGUACUGAGGCUAAUGGUCCUGCUGAUGUCAAUCCUUCUCCUUCCAUCGUGUCUGGUGCCUUUAAGAAGGACAAGGGGAGUUUUUUUGCUCUGGAUUCCUGGUUCAACUCCUACUCUAAUUCUCCUGUGGAUGAAAAUGUUUCAACGGAUAUACACAGUCUCAUUGCGCAUCACCUGGAAGAAUCGUUGAAGGAAAUUGGUGCUCUGAAAGAAAUGAUAGAUGGGCAUUCUCUGUCAUUCCAUAAACAAUCCGACUCUCUAUCUAAGGUGCUGGGGGUACUUUAUAGUAAUGUGAAUUCUCAGAAAGAGUUGGUUGAAGCAUUAAAGUGGGACGUGCAACAGAGGGAGUCGGUUGCAAAAGAUAAAGAAAUGGAAGGAGAUAUCUUAUGUAGAAACAUUGCGGUGCUUUUUGAAGCAUGCAUAUCUACAAUUAAGGAAGUUGACCAAAGAAAAGGGGAGCUAAUGGGAAAUGAUUUGACUAGUGGAAAUCUGGGAAUGGAUAUUAUCUCCAUGACACCUGAUCAACUUUCACGCUCUGGAAAAACUCAUUUAUUGUCUGAGGAAUCUGUCCGGACAAUUGCUGACAGGUUGCUGUGGGCAGUGAGGGAAUUUAUAGGUCUGAAAGCUGAAAUGUUUGAUGGUAGUGUAAAAGAAAUGAAGGUUGCAAUAUCAAAUCUGCAGAAAGAGCUUCAGGAGAAGGACAUCCAGAAGGAAAGGAUUUGCAUGGAUCUUGUUGCUCAAAUUAAGGAAGCGGAAGCGAGCGCAAUUAGAUAUUCAAUUGAUCUUCAAGCUUCAAAAGAUCAGGUACAUAAGUUAGAGGAAGCAACGGAACAGAUGGAGAAUGAGAGGAAGGUCCUGGAGCAGAGAUUAAGGGAGAUGCAAGAUGGUUUGUCUAUCUCAGAUGAGUUAAGAGAGAGGGUCAGGUCGCUCACAGAUUCGCUUGCAGGAAAAGACCAAGAAAUUGAGGCCCUAAUGCGUGCACUUGAUGAGGAGGAAGUGCAGAUGGAAGGUUUGACCAACAAGAUUGAGGAGCUGGAAAAAUUCUUGAAACAAAAGAAUCAGGAACUUGAGAGCACCGAAACUUCUCGUGGGAAGCUCAUGAAAAAGCUCUCAAUUACAGUGACAAAAUUUGAUGAGCUUCAUCACCUAUCCGAAAGUCUCUUAACUGAGGUUGAAGAACUUCGAGCACAGUUGCAAGAUCGGGAUGAUGAAAUCUCUGUUCUGAGACAAGAGGUAACUAGAUGUACCAAUGAUGCUAUUGCUGUAACCCAAACAAGCAACAGAAGUACAGAGGAUAUCAAUGAGAUUAUAACAUGGUUUGACACAAUGGAAACUCGGGUGGGGUUGUCUCAUAUUGUUCAUGACAACCAGCAAAAUGAAGUUCAUGAAUGCAAGGAAGUACUUAAGAAGAAGAUUGCAUCUAUCUUAAAAGAAAUUGAGGAUCUUCAAGCAGCAUCACAGAGGAAGGACGAAAUGUUGCUGGCUGAGAAGCAUAAGGUAGAAGAACUGAAAUGUAAGGAAUUGCAAUUAAACUUGCUUGAAGAUGCUGGAGAUGGUAAUAGAGCGAGCAGUGCGGGCCCUGAAAUCAUUGAAUCUGAAUCGUUGAUCAAUAAUUGGGCAAGUACUUCUGUUAUACCUCAAGUUCGAAGCUUGCGCAAAGGCAAUACCGAUCAAGUUGCAAUCGCGAUAGAUAUGGAUCCUGCUAGCAGUAGUAAUAGAUUAGAGGACGAAGAUGACGAUAAAGUGCAUGGAUUUAAGUCAUUAGCUUCAUCAAGAAUUUUUCCAAAAUUCUCGAGACGUGCGACAGAUAUGAUCGAUGGACUUUGGGUUUCUUGUGAUCGAGCACUGAUGCGGCAACCUGCAUUACGACUGGGGAUGAUAUUCUAUUGGGCCAUAUUACACGCACUUCUUGUUGCAUUUGUAGUUUGAGCAGUCUAGUUGGUCCAUAAUUGAUUUGAAGUAAAGAAGAAUGGAGUUCAUAUCAUAUAGGUUCGUUCCCCCUUCCUCUCCAUAGAUAAUUAGGCUCCUCAUUCGAUUCUACAGGUUUACUACCAUUAGAGUAGGCAGAUGACUUAAUUUUUUUUGUUCAUCCAAACUUCUGGGAUUUCCCCCAUUUUUCCCUAUCAAAUCCCACAGAUUGUUUGGCUGGAUCAAAUAAAUAUCACACAAUCUUGUCUAUUAGGAAGUGUAGACCAUUAAUUUGUUUACUCAGAAUCCUUGCUAUCUUUCAUAUUUGUAAUAGACAACAAUUCUUGUUACAAAAUUUUG